GCCAGUAGCUCCAAACGGCCAACAUCAUCAUCGCAUCGCAUCGCAUCGCCAUCGGUGGUUGAGCUCUGUGCUGUCGCGCGGCUGGUCGCUCUGUUCAUUUCGGCUCACGUGGUUCCGUGGUGCAACUAGCGUUAUUUUAUUCAUAGCGGGAAACCUACAACGUUGCAGUACUUGCAGUACCUACCUACUACUAGCGGGGCCUGCUUCAUUAUUAACGCGUGUGAAUGUGGGAAAAUUGACAAACUGCCCAGGAAACGUAGAAUAAGCCACCGAAUUGGGUCAGACAGGUUAUAGCAUAGCAGCUCGGUCGAGAGAAAGUAUCAAAAAAUUGAUCAAACGGCUCCUCGUCUGCAGUAGCAGCAGCAGCAGCAGUAGCAAGUCUGCCCCCACCUGGCCAGCAAUGCACUUCGGUUGGGCAUACGAUGGCGUUAACGGUUCCGUGCCAAGGAAUGUCGGUCCGGAAUGUGCCGAAUUCCUGCCAGCGAGUCGAAAGCUGUUGGAAACUUUAAUCCUUGUUCCGCUUUGCUUGCUGGCGAUUAAAAUUGCCGUGGCGCGAAUGAAACCAAUUACGUUCCGACGAAGUCGGCGAGUCGGUACCCCGCAGCACGCUGGAAGUCCGAUGGGGUAUCGAAGUAGCAGCAUCAGCCAUCUGGCAGCCAGUGCCGGCAGCCACAAUCUGCAGCAUCAUUAUCAACGGGUCGGUGGUGGCACCAUCACACACCAUCUGGAACCGGAUCAUCGGGAACUGCUAAUUCAGCAGCAUCAUCACCGGCGAUCCUCAUCGGUGGAAUACUGCAGCUGCCACCGGUGCAGUACUGCGGGUCCAAAUUCUGCCAGUUCCGCACUGGAUGGCGAGGCACCCAGUUUAGUGAAGCAAAUUCUGCUGAUAACCAUGACUCUGACGCUGGGCGUCGAAAUAGGCUUUAAAUUUGCAACUAGGACUGUUAUCUACAUUUUAAAUCCUUGUCAUGUUACCACGUUGAUGCAGAUUUAUCUACUAGCAUGUAAUAAGCCGAAGAAAAGUACUACGGGUCUAUUCCGGUUGCAGAUGAACUACCUGAACGGGCCGCUGUUAGCGUUUAUGUUUCCGGAAACCGACAGUCGGCAACUGCCGAUGGAAGCUGCCAUCUACUGGAUUCAACACGCGCUUAUGUGCAUCAUACCGAUCUACCUGUUAAGAACGGGAGGCGUCUACAAUAUGGAAGCCAUGAAUGAUUUCACUUGGAACACUAUAGGAUAUGCAGCGAUCAUCAUUUACCAUUUUGCCUUUCUGCAAAUUGUUGCCAUUCCCACGCAAGUCAACCUCAACCACAUGUUGUGCGCAGCGCUCAAGGAUCCCUUCGAUGGGCCCAACUACCGUUCGAUGGCCGUCCUCCACGAAGCCCUGCUCUGCACCAUCCUUUGCAAGUUGGUCACUUUCCUGUUUAACCCGGUGCCACCGCCCAUCAUCACCAAUCCGCCGUUCAUCAAAAACGGCGGCUCCAUCGCGGACCCGUCGGGACCCACUACGGUUACCUCUCCGCUGGUAACGGCCUCCGGCAGUGGCCCCCACCACUACGUGUCCCGCCCCUCGUCCCGACCGUCGUCCCGUUCAUCGUCGCCGGCCAAAUCGGUAUCGAUGCUCCAGGAAAACAAUAUUAUCAUCAAAACAAGCAAAAUUGACUAGUGGACCACCAUUCUCGUACGUUGGAUCGCCGCCUUUUCGGCUAGUUGAAGAUAGACCGUAAGUAAGUGCAGUGUAUAUAUGCCUGUUUUUCGCGCUGUAGAACGAUAGAAAACUCACAAUUAGGGUGCAAUAAAAAUUUAAAAGUGCUGUACUAACUAUCAUCGACGAACAAAAGUUGCUAUGGGAAAAUAUUGGAGCAAUGAAAGCUUAUAUUUUUAAACUUAUCUGGCGUUCGUUGAGAUUGUGAGAAUAACUGUGAAAUUGCAAAAUAAUCAUUCUUCUCCAUUUUUUUGAAAAUUGAUGGAGCCGCCUUGUUACUUAUGGAUUCGGAUGAUGAUCAUUGAGUUGUAC